AUGAAAGAAGAUGAAACAUGCCGUCACAGGAAGCUUGAGGAGAAACAGAGAAAUGGGGCCAGUCACAUGGACACACAAUCAGUCCCAAGCAACUGGAAUAAUAUCCACCUAUUCCUGGUGACUGGUCUGUUAGGAGCAUCUCUGAUCCUGAUCUUAGAGUGCUGUCUGCCUCCCUCUGCUCCGUGGUCACUGUUUGGUCCUAACAGAGUUCCUCUGUGGGACUGGACUGCCCUGCAGAUUGUUAUAGCAUUCACUGUCCUACAGGGGGUGCUCUAUCACCUACCCAUGGGCAAGGUGGCAGAGGGCAAGCUGGGAUGUGAUGAGAAACGUCUGAAGUAUCACAUGAAUGGUCUUCAUGCAUUAGUGGUGACAGCAGCGCUGGUCCUGGGUCUGUGGUUUACCGGGUUAUUCCAUGGGGCCAGUAUUACAAACAGAGUUCUCCCCAUUGUGAGUGCGAGCACUGUGGUCGCUCUGCUGCAGAGCAUCGCGUUGUACGUACACUCGCUACACAUCCAUCCAUCCAGGCUGUUACGCUACGACAGCAACGCUACACUGCUGGUGGAGUUUGCCCUGGGCAGGGAGGUGGACCCACGCCUGGGUCGCAUUGACCUGAAACACUUUGCCAUGGUGCGGAUUGGCUUCAUUGGAUGGGCUAUGGUAGACUUAAGCUACCUGCUAACAGCUGUUGAAACUCAAGGUUCACCAUCUCUCUGCCUGCUGCUGGUUGUCAUCUUCCAGUUCAUCUACAUCUUGGACUUUGUUUUAGAUGAGGACUCGGUGUUGCUGACUAAAGAGUUUACUGAGGAGGCCAUCGGCUUUCUCAUGAUUCUGGGCGAGUACAUAUGGAUCCCCUUCUUCUCCAGCCUGCCGGCGUUCUUUCUCAUCCAGCGCCCCACGCACAUCAGCACGCCGUCAGCUGUGCUCAUAUGCCUCCUGUUCGCUGUAGGAUUCGCCUUUUAUUCCCUGUCCAACGAACAGAGGCUUGGUUUUCGUAAAAACCCAAACGACCCAGCGUACGCCUGUUUAGAGACAAUCCCAAGUCCAUCAGGUCAGAGGUUGCUGGUGAGCGGCUGGUUUGGUUGGGUUCGUCAUCCGAACUAUUUAGGAGAUGUUCUGAUUGCUCUGGCAUGGUGUCUACCCUGUGGUUUCACCUCCCUCUUGCCCUAUUUACCUGCACUGCAGUGUUUUAACCUGCUGAGGCAACGAGCAAAUGAGAUCGAAGACUCGUGUCAAAAGAAACACGGGGAGGCUUGGCUGGAGUACUGUUGCCGGGUGCCGUACAAACUGGUGCCCUACGUGUACUGA